ACCGCUGCGGAGCUGAUAGUGCUGCAAAGAUAGCAUGCAAAAACAUGAGCAGCCUACUGAUAAGCGAGGCGAUAUAAGCGAUAUAUCUCGAUGGAGCGAUGCAAGAAAGGUCUUUUCGGACUUUUACUGGCCUAGCAGCGUUUGGUUAAGACCAGUGUACGGAGGAUUAUUCGAAAGAGGCUGCGCUGUAUUCUAUCGAUAAAUAUAUGUGUUAUUUUGCAGAUGUUAUUGGCUAAUUGUGAAUAAUUUCAUGAACUGUGCUAGCUGUUUAAAUCCAGAAGAGGUCAUAAAAUGGGAGGUGGAAUCUCAAAAGAUGGAGGACAGAUGCAUUACAGGGUGCACAAUAUCUAUCUGAACUUUGUGCAUUCGUAUGGCAGGCUUCAACCAUCAAUUCCGGUAACAAUUCACCAGAAAGCUCUUUUCUGUUUUUGGUUAUCGUGCAUAUCUCUGUUCCUGGUCUUCCAAAUUUUAAAAUUGGUCAAACUAUUCAACUCGAAAAAAGACCUGGGCAAUAACUGCGUCAAAGAUGAUACUGACAUUGAAGGUAAUGGACCAAAUAAGGAGAAAAACCCCCGUCCAGAGAAGGUUACCGAGUCCAAAGAAAAAGCCAAAGAAUAUCUUUCAGAGACGCUGUUAGAUGAAGAUACAAUAGACGAAACAAAGCAAACAAAUUUACAAAAGGUGGUCUCGUUUUUUCAAGCAACGCACGAAGAGCAGCCUCCAUUCACACAAUUCAUCUCCAAAAUGUGUAUCUUUGGGUUCAUAAUGUUUUAUUUCUGGCUGUGUGAUUAUCUUCAUUUAUGGCCCAAAGUUGACAAACAGUACUCAAGGGACACUUUUAUCUUCGUGUUUGCAAUUUUGCUCAUCGCAUCAGUUAUCUUUUCUAUAAAGGAAAAUCCAGAUAAAUUGAUUAACCGUGAUCAGACAGAAGAAUGGAAGGGUUGGAUGCAGGUGCAAUUUGUAUGGUAUCAUUACUUUGAUGCUCAAGAAGUGUUCAAUUCAAUUCGAUGCUACAUUGGGGCAUAUGUGUGGAUGACAGGGUUUGGAAACCUCAGUUAUUUCUGGAUCAAACAAGACUACUCUGUUUUCCGUCUGCUAAAGAUGAUGUUUCGGCUUAAUUUCUUGGUUGCUAUAGUAAUGGCAGUAACCAAUCACGAAUUUGUUCGAUAUUACGUAUGUGCUAUGCAUACUUACUGGUUCCUAUCAGUAUGGGCGGUUCUUGUCGUUCUCCACAAGUAUAAUAAGAAUCGAUACUUCAUGGCAGCCAAGUUUCUUAUUUAUGUAGUAAUAAAUUCAUUGAUAUUCGAAAUUCCUGGUGCUUCAGCAAAGAUCUUUAUUCCCCUUCGCUUCAUUUUGGAUGUUAAAGGAAACCUGGAUUACUGGAUUUAUAGAUCAACGCUGGAUCAUUGGGCAACUCUCAUUGGCAUGCUUGUUGCUUAUAACUACCCUUAUUACGAAAGGUUUAUGAAAUUCCUUGAUAAAAAAGAAGAUGAUCGAAACAAACAAAAACUAAAAGAAGCAAUCCGAAUUAUAAUAACUGGCAUUGCCAUAGCGAUUGUUGUAAUCUGGUUCUAUUACAUUCUGCUUCUCGAUCGACACACGUACAUCAAAAUCCAUCCAUAUACGUCAUGCAUUCCAGUGAUUGUUUACAUCUGGUUGCGAAAUCUUUACCCAGCCAUUCGGACAUAUCACUUGAACUUGCUUACAUGGCUUGGUAAGAUAACACUAGAAACGUAUUUAUCACAGAUUCACAUAUACAUGAUUGGAGACGCAAAGAAGAUUUUAGUUUACUUACCCAAUUACCCACUCCUGAACUUCAUGCUCGCAACUGCAGUAUACCUGUUCGUGUCGUUGCAUCUCUUUCGCUUGACCGUUUUCUUCAGCGCUUAUUUGCUCCCGAGAGACCUCAAAGUGAUCGGGAAAAACUUUUUAAUUGCUCUCAUGUGGCUUGGCACUUGCUAUGCAUUCUCAGCUGUAUUAACGGUUAGAUACUCCUGGGGAAUGAAGAGGACUGGGUUCGAAUUCUUGCUUUGGAACGUCACAAGAAGCAGGUAGAAGAGUGUCGUCAGUAAAAUGGUGCAACAAAUGGGGAGGAUUCAUCCAAAGCGUGUAUGCUGAUCCUUUGAGAUUUAUAGAAGAUUUAGCAAACAUAUUUAAUUGUUUCAAUUCAAAUUAUCUUUAUCGAAAUUGAUACGGUGUAAACUUCUCUGGCGAAGUCAGGCCUUGGGUGCCUCAUAGCAACUUAAAUUAAAAAGUAGCUUAUCAAUACAGAAAAUUUAGAAUUCUUAUCUAGGAUAACAAUUAUUCAAUGUGAACCCUGUUCACCGUAGUCGCCUAGGGUAGAAAUCGUUAAAAAUAUAUGUAGAAAAGUUAAAUGUUCUGGUGAAACUUAAUUACCUUGGCUAGAGCGUAGAUGCAUGCAAAAGUAAAAAUUUUUUUUCAAAUUAUUUGUUUUGUGGACGUUCUGCAGACAAUAUUGUAAUUAUAACGUCUAUUUUGCACAACAUUUAACGAGUGGAGUAUCCAUAAUAGAGACAUAAAAAAUUUCUCGGAGAAAGCAUGUGAUAUUACCGUAACAGAAGUAAAGUAUUCUAAACGAGCUUGCUCACAAAUAUCUUUAAGAAAAAUAUUUUAAUAGAAUAGCUUUUUAUACUAAAGACUGAAUUAUUGAAAGAUAUUUUCUCGCGACGGAGCUCGAGGAAAUCUUUGCUAUCUAUUUACUAACACUAUAGCUAAUCUUUCUAUCUAAUGGUACAGAAUACCAUAAUACAUUUUACAGGGGACUCUAGCUGUGGGGCCAAGAUCUUUUCAGAGAGGGAAAAAUGAUUCAUUUUCAUUAAGAAACAAUUGUCACCGAGGAUGGAGGAUUAAUUGAUCCUAGUUUGAAGAAAGCCCUGGAAAACGAAUCUGGAAAACAUGGAUAGUUUCCAUCUGCCAUGAAGCAAAAUUGGCUUUGUUUAUUGGAUACAGGUCUCCAAAUGUGCCUCAUUCCAAAACUAAAAUCUACUUUUUUCUCUUCUUUACAUGCCGGUGACAAAACCGGACUUUGUAACCAAAAUAGCUGAAGUACUUUUGUAUUUGUAGUCUUUCAUUUCCAUCAAAGGUGAAAUUUUAAAAACGUAUUAUUGGGUGAAACAAAAAACCGCUCUAGAACAGGGAAUUGUCAGGAGCAAUAUGAACAACUCGUGGCGAGCAUCUGAAUGGUGUCAAACGAAUAUCUAGGCAAGCCGUAUGAAAGUGUCCCGUGUGCAGUAGGAUCUAGGGCCAGCCCCUUCUUCCUCCUGCCAACUUCAAGAGCAGUUUUGUGCAUAAUUAUAAGCAGUAAAAAGCUAGUUUCUUUGAGAAAGAGAAUAUUCAGGAUUGUCAGAGAAAGACAUAAUAUUGGCAACAGUUUUAAUGUUUUUAAUAAAUGAUACAAUCUGCACUUACUUACAUGCUCAACAAGAUAAAAUUCCGACUCAAAACGAAAUAUUUAUACAUAAACUUUGACCAUUUCUAUCCUUCUAGAAGCAUGAAAGCAUAUCGCCCUGUUGGGGAUAAAAAUUCCGACACACUGAAGAUAUCAAAUAUAAGAUAACUUACAAAGUCUAAAAUAUAAAUGAGAUUCAAAACAUUAAUGACUUUCUGCAAAAACCAAAUUCGUGUUGUUUAUAAAGAAAUAAAAGCUUCCUUAAUUACAAACUAGCACGGCAGGGUGGGAAUCUGAGAUACAAAAAACUUGGUAGUAUUACUAGCAACUGACAGCUAGCAUUUUUAUCAAAAGCCAGAAAGAUAAAAGCAAGGUCUUUACUUAGUCACAAUCACAGGGCAACCGCAUUUCAAAGGAUCAUUCUGAGCAAUUCCGAAAUAGCGACCGGGUGUAACGUUGAUUCCUAAAAUUCCGGAUUAUCUCGAGUAUACCGGACGCAUCUAUACUCAAAACCACAAAAAGAUAAAACUCUAAAACCAAGUAAACCCUUCGCCAUCAAUGUGACGAGGGAAUGUAUACAGUCAAUGCUUGCGUCACGUAGCUCAGCACCAGGAGGAAGUCCACAACGACAGCGUUUGCUGCCAAAGAUGCCUUUAGACGGUGCGUUGUGGUUAAGUAUGAAGAAAUCAUCUCUGAUCUCUUCAAGGAAUUAAACUUUGUACGUUGCGAUUUAUCAUCAAAAAGUGUUAGUCCGAAUCAGAGCCG